UUUGUAGGUCCACCUAGGUCUAGUUCUUGAUGGCUCCCAUUAUGUUAUUGACUGGCCAUGAGAGUGAAGUUUUUACCACUGAAUUUCAUCCAGAUGGGGAUAUCCUUGCCUCUGCCGGAUUUGAUCGCUUGAUAUAUUUAUGGAAUGUUUGUGAAUGUGAAAAUUUUGCUGUUUUAAAAGGACACACUGGUGCUAUUAUGGAACUUCAUUUUAAUAUAGAUGGAAGUAUGAUUUUUACUGCUUCAACUGAUAAGACUGUUUGUUGUUGGGACUACGAAACUGGAAGUCGGUUGAAAAAAUUCAAGGGGCACCAAUCUUUUGUAAAUUCGUGUUGUCCAUCAAGACGGGGAAAUCAAAUGAUUGUUAGUGGAGCUGAUGACAGUACUAUCAAGCUUUGGGACAUUCGAAAAAAAGGAGCUGUUCAAACAUUCCAGGACAUUUAUCAGGUCACAGCUGUUAGCUUCAAUGAUACAUCAGAUCAAAUAUUGUCUGGUGGAAUUGAUAAUGAAGUAAAGGUUUGGGAUUUACGUAAAAAUGAUAUUCUUUACAAAAUGCCUGGACAUACUGAUACCAUUACGGGAUUCAAACUGAGUCCAGAUGGAUCAUUCCUCCUUUCAAAUGCUAUGGAUAACACAGGUUUGUUUUUGAUUAAAGUAUAUCCUAUUUGGAAUUCGUAUUUGGAUGUUAGACCAUAUGCUCCUGUUGAACGAUGUGUGAAAGUGUUCAUGGGCGCACAACAUAAUUUUGAAAAGUAA